GGGUCCCGGGAGGCGGGCGCGCGCACUGAUUGAGUACGGAGUGUCCAAUGGGCGGGAGUGCGCGGCUCCGGCCUGUCUGUUGGCGGUGAUCGGGUGAAGAUGGCGCCGGGCGGAUGGAAAUCCUAAUGACAGUCUCCAGGAUCGCUUCUAUCUGUACCAUGGGCGCCAAUGCCUCGGCUUUAGAGAAAGAGAUUGGUCCGGAACAGUUUCCAGUGAAUGAGCACUAUUUUGGUUUAGUAAAUUUUGGGAACACCUGCUACUGCAACUCAGUCCUUCAAGCACUUUAUUUCUGCCGCCCAUUCCGGGAAAAAGUCCUCGCCUACAAAAGCCAACCGAGAAAGAAGGAAAAUCUUCUCACGUGCUUGGCAGACCUCUUCCACAGCAUAGCCACUCAGAAAAAGAAGGUCGGGGUGAUCCCUCCAAAGAAGUUCAUUACCCGCUUGCGCAAAGAGAAUGAACUCUUCGAUAACUACAUGCAGCAGGAUGCCCAUGAGUUCCUAAACUACCUGCUCAACACAAUAGCUGACAUUUUGCAGGAGGAGAGAAGACAAGAGAAACAAAAUGGCCGAAUACCAAACGGUAACAUCGACAAUGAGAACAAUAACAGCACACCAGACCCCACCUGGGUCCAUGAGAUCUUUCAGGGAACGUUAACUAAUGAAACAAGGUGUCUUACUUGUGAGACGAUAAGCAGUAAAGAUGAAGAUUUUCUAGACCUUUCUGUCGAUGUAGAACAAAAUACAUCAAUUACUCAUUGUUUAAGGGGAUUUAGCAACACGGAAACCCUUUGUAGUGAAUACAAAUAUUACUGUGAAGAAUGUCGCAGUAAACAGGAAGCACAUAAACGGAUGAAAGUAAAAAAGCUGCCUAUGAUUUUAGCUCUUCACCUAAAGAGGUUUAAAUACAUGGAUCAGCUGCAUCGAUAUACAAAACUCUCAUACAGAGUAGUCUUUCCUUUAGAGCUUCGGCUGUUUAACACAUCAGGAGAUGCCACCAAUCCAGACAGAAUGUACGAUUUGGUAGCUGUGGUAGUCCACUGUGGAAGUGGUCCCAACAGAGGACAUUAUAUUGCAAUAGUGAAGAGUCAUGAUUUUUGGCUGUUGUUUGAUGAUGACAUUGUAGAGAAAAUUGAUGCACAAGCUAUUGAAGAAUUCUAUGGGUUAACAUCGGACAUCUCCAAGAACUCUGAAUCUGGAUAUAUCCUCUUCUACCAGUCUCGAGACUGAGCGAGAACUGUCACAAAGACAUACAUUCUGCCUCAUUUCUUCUCUGGACAAUUGGAGCAAGGAGAAAGCACUGAUACAUAUAUGUCUAUAUAUAACUUUAAAUAUAUAGAUGUAUAUAUAGAUAUAAAUAUAAAAACUACAGA